AUGAAGGAGACACUCUUGUCCCACAUCAGGGCACACACAGCUGACAUCAAUGACUCUGACAAGCAGAAAAAUGGCUUUCUUGACCCCUUAAGGAAGCCAAGAGCAGCUCAUGCAGAUGGACAGGGAGCAAUGCCAUGUCCCUUGGAGAUGGUAACAAGCAGCUGGCAUGGGUUUGCAAGGGCAGAAGAAGCUCUUGAUGAGUUCUUUCGCCCUACAGAUGGGCUGGGACCAGCUGACACGGACGAUGGAGGAGGGCAGUGCUGGCGAGAGCUCCAUUCCACUGGGAGGAGAGGGGUGUUUGGAUAA